CAACACUAACUUCGUUGGGUUAGUGGGUUUGUUGACACAUCAAAGCAGCCACAUUUCCAUUUUUAUAAGUUAAGAAUUAAAAUUCAAAACUCUACCAUUUCUUUCACCUUUUAUUUCUUUUUAGCAGUUUACUUUUUCCCAAUUAACCAAUUUUCCCAUUAGAUUCGCCUACAAAUAUACACUAUACUACUACUAGUAGGGUUAGGGUUAAUCAGAGUAGAAAAAGUAGGCAACGGAAGAACAGAUCAAAGCAUAUUCAUAAUUAAUGGCUUUACGAUUGUUCGCUUCUAGGUUCACUUCCAGAUUUGGGAUCUCUGUUCAUCCUAGAGCAUAUGCUACCGUUAUAAUGGAUUUGAAAUACACCGACUCUCAUGAGUGGGUGAAAGUCGAGGGCAAUUCUGCCACAGUCGGAAUAACCGAUCACGCUCAAAGCCAUUUGGGUGAUGUCGUAUAUGUUGAGUUGCCCGACGAGGGAGCUUCUGUCACUCAAGGCGAGUCGUUCGGUGCAGUUGAGAGUGUCAAGGCAACUAGUGAUGUUAACUCUCCUGUUUCUGGUAAAGUAACCGAAAUCAAUGAAGAGCUCAAUAACUCCCCGGGAUUAGUAAACUCUAGCCCGUAUGAGAAGGGAUGGAUGAUGAAAGUACAAUUAAGUGAUUCGGGGGAGCUCGACAAAUUGAUGGAUGCUGAUAAAUACGGCAAGUUUUGUGAAGAAGAAGAUGCCAAUCAUUAAGCUCGAACCACUAUCGAGUAUAAAAUUGUGCGUCUCGCCCCGUCCGGGGAGAAGUAAUGACGAAAAAAAAAGCUUGAAGCUUUUAUUUUUUCAUGUACUUGAGGUUUUCAUUGUUUUAGUUAGAGUUGGUGACCUCAGAUGGAUUGUUUUUUCUUGCAAAAAACUUUUAUUUUCAAAAUAAGUUUGUUUCAAUUUAUUGCAAAAAAUUGUUUGUUAAGUCUGGAAUCUGGAUGAGGAGCAGAAUAAUACUGUUUCUUUGGAAGUCAUAGUCAUGCUGUAAAGAAAUUUUGUUCUAUUGAAUGGAGAGCAUGAUUUACAUAAUCCAUAUUUUAUUUUAGAGUUUCAAAAGUUCUUAAAUAGGACGGUUUCACCGUGAGAUCUAUUGGGGAUGGAUUGGAGAUGGACUAUAUGCAUAUGGUGUGUUAAAGUUAACACUUUGAAUUUUAAAGUGAACAAUUAUAGAAAUAUAGGUUAAUUAUAUGAAUUCAUUUUAUGGUGAGACGGUCUUAUACUGUUUUUUUAUGAUGGAAU